ACCAUUCACACACACACACACACACACACACACACACACACACACACACACACACACACUCACACCUACUGUAUGGGCAUUUUAGAGUAACCAAUGAACCUAAUGCAUUUAACUAACUUUAACUUAUUGAAAUAAAGUACCAACACUCCUGUACUGUAAGUGGUGCUCAGGUGGCUCAGUGGGUGUACUAUAGCUUUAGUCUGUUGUCAGUUUGAGUCUGGUCAAUUUCACCUGAAAACGAAAGCCUGGUUGAUUUCACCAUAAAACAAAAUUUCCCCCAAGGGAAUAAAUAAAGCAUUUAUCUUAUUUUAUGUAGAUAUUUUACAUAAACUGAUGAAAUAGUUAACAUUAAUAUGAAAUUCCUCAUUACCUGUACAUCAGGUAUGUAAAAUUGCAUUAACUUAAUAAACUUAAUCCUUUAGUCUUAAGUUAUUUUUUUUACUUUAUUCCUAUUCUUAAGUAAUUUAAUAACAUAACCCUCCUGACCAACCAUCAUAGAUUUCAAGUAAAGGAUAUUUGAUGUUUUUUACAUAUAGUAUAGGUCUGAGCAUAUUUGCAUUAUGUUUAUUUCAAAAAACACAAUUAUUUGAAAUCGUAUUUUUCAUAGUAGUUUGAACAAUAGUUCAAAAUUAUAAAUAUGUUUUAUUAUUGACAAGACUAUUUUUUGUGUAGCUCAUCAGCAUUAAAGUUAUUUGUACUGAAUAUGAGCAUAUCAGUAAGUGUUCGUCUGUACACCCUUCAACCAGGAUCCUGGACACAGGAUACAGUAACAUUCAAUCAAUACUUCAGGAAUUAAAAUGAGAAUUACCAACAUAAACAGUUAAUUCUAGGUUCAUUAUACUGUAAACAUGUAUAAAAUAUUAGAAAUUGAAUCUUUAACAAGGUGACAGACAGUUGGUUCUAAAAUAACCCAACCCUUUUAAUUUUCCCCUACAUUCUUAUUACUUGCCCGUGCUUGCCCUGCUGUGCUCAUCUACUGUAACAUCGGUUUUACAAAGUAUUAGGAACAAUGUGGAGACUGGUUGUACAGACCAACAUUUGACAUGGCUGCUGUGGUUCUCUGCUGGACUUUACUGACUGUUGGCUUCCUGGGGUCUGCGUCUGAAGCACCAGACCUAGAGGAAUCUGGACUGGCAGCAAAUGAUACACAGGUGCGAGAAAAUAUCAUAGCUCAUUCUGGGGAAAAAGUCACGCUGCAGUGUCAAUCUCCUGUUGACGAGGACUUCAAAGUUCUGGAGUGGAGCAGAUCUGACCAUGAAGAGCUCAUAUAUGUGUUCUUGUACCGGGAUGGACAGUUCGAUCCAGAGAACCAGCAUCCAUCUUUUGAAAAUCGCGUGGAGCUGAAGGACAAACAGAUGAAGAAUGGAGACAUGUCUCUGAUUCUGAGAAAUGUGACAAUUAACGACACUGGGACAUAUGAGUGUCGUGUCAACCAGAAAGCUUCAAGAACUGUUCUAGGUACCGAUCCAAUCAAAGUCAUCAACCUGGAAGUCAAUAAUAACGGUCAAGAUCUUGGACCUAAGGUUUGGCAAAAUAUUACUGAAGUGCGAGAAAAUAUCACAGCUCAUUCUGGGGACAAAGUCACGCUGCAGUGUCAAUCUCCUGUUGACAAGGACUUCAAAGUUCUGGAGUGGAGCAGAUCUGACCAUGAAGAGCUCAUAUAUGUGUUCUUGUACCGGGAUGGACAGUUCGAUCCAGAGAAGCAGCAUCCAUCUUUUAAAGAUCGCGUGGAGCUGGAGGACAAACAGAUGAAGAAUGGAAACGUGUCUCUGAUUCUGAGCAGCGUGACAAUUAACGACACUGGGACGUAUGAGUGUCGUAUCGACCAGAGAGCUUCAGCAACUUUUAUACGCACAAAUCUCAUCAAAGUCAUCAACCUGGAAGUCACUAAUAAUGUUGUGCAAAAUGUCUCAGCUUAUUCUGGGGAUAACGUCAUGCUGCCGUGUCAACAUAAAUUCAACGAGUCCAUGGUUCUGGAGUGGAGCAGAUCUGACCAUGAAAAGCCUGUAUAUGUGUUCUUGUACCGGGAUGAAAACUUCACUUCAGACUGCCAGCAUCCAUCUUUUAAAGAUCGUGUGAAGCUAAAGGACAAACAGAUGAAGGAUGGAGACCUGUCUCUCAUUCUAAAUAAUGUGACAACUAAUGACACUGGGACAUAUGAGUGUCGUGUUGACCACAAAGUUUCAAGAUCUUAUCUACGCACUGAUCCCAUCAAAGUCAUCAACCUGGAAGUCACUAAUAUCGAGCGAAAAAAUAUCACAGCUCAUUCUGGGGAAAACGUCAGACUGCAGUGUCAAUCUCCUGUUGACAAGGACGUCAAAGUUCUGGAGUGGAGCAGAUCUGACCAUGAGGAGCUCAUAUAUGUGUUCUUAUACCAGGAUGGAAAGUUCGAACCAGAGAAGCAGCAUCCAUCUUUUAAAGAUCGCGUGGAGCUGGAGGACAAACAGAUGAAGAAUGGAAACGUGUCUCUGAUUCUGAGUAGCGUGACAAUUAACGACACUGGGACGUAUGAGUGUCGUAUCGACCAGAGAGCUUCAGCAACUUUUCUACGCACAAAUCUCAUCAAAGUCAUCAACCUGGAGGUCACUAAUAAUGGUCAAGUUCUUGGACCUGAGUUUUGGCAAAACAUUAUUGGAGGACAGAGAGAUGGAAAAGUGCAAGAAUAUGUUGGACUGAUGCUGUAUCAGAUUGUGUUCUUACUCUUUUUGUUGUUGUGAAACACUAACAGACAACAACCCGGUGGACUGAGCUGGAUUCAUCCCAAGGACUGAUGCUCACAUUGUCCUCUGUACUACUGGAAAUAUCUUUAGAUGCAGUAUUUUAUCCAUUAUCUGGUGUGUUUUUCUGUCCUUUGGUUUAAAGAUUUGAUUUGAUGACGAUAGUGCAGGUGCAGUUUUUAGCACAACACAGUAAAUCUGUGUUGUAAAGAUAAAAUGGCCACACAGAACCCAUGUCCUUGCUGAGCCGUGUGCACAUCUACAUGGUGUUUCUGCUUGCACAUGUUGACAUCUGAAAACUGUACCCAAAGAUGAAGCAGACUUUUACCUGUACAGAUGUUUUUCACAUCCAGACAUACAGAUGUACAGAUUGAUAUGAUAUGCAUUACUACUGUAGCACAGGUAAUAAUCUAAUCCUGCAUGUCCCACUGAACCUACUGUAACUCACGUUUAUGUUGAACCUCGUCUUUCAGUCAGGUUAGGGUUAUGCCAUUAAAUUCCAUAGCUUAACAUUAAAGGAUCUCAUAAAGCUAAUGCAAUUUUACACAUAAACAUUGUAAAUACCUGAUUGGUACCACAAUUCCACUUCAUUAUGUAUUUUACCCACCAGUUGUCACCAAAGGAACUAAUUGAUUUUAACCCCUACUAAUUGUUUCUCAGAGUCCCGCAUAGUUUGUCAGGUAUGAUUCUCUAGGUCACAUCAUCAGAAGUGUUCUUACCUUGGUUUUGUCUGUUAUUUUCCGUGUUUAAUACUAAUCGGUAGUUCUUGCUGUAUGCAGAAAUUUUGAGUUUCGAGUUUCCCAAAUUAUUAGUCCCUGCUUUGUGCAGCGUGUUGUGUUAGAUGACCUUGUUUAUCGUUCCCUGUUUUAACUUUGUUGUAAAUGAUUUUGAGCAACGGCAGGCAACUCUGUCGUGUCUGUGAAACUGGGGUGUGUGUUUGGAUUUGUCACAUUUUUAGAUUCAUUCAGUAUUAAACUCUAAAAAGCUUUG